AUGUCGUCGAAGGACCAGCAGCCCAACGACGCCGAGAAGAACAUUGAGAUCUGGAAGGUCAAGAAGCUGAUCAAGCGUCUUGAAGCCGCCCGCGGAAAUGGCACAUCCAUGAUUUCGCUCAUUAUCCCGCCCAAGGACCAGGUCUCGCGCGCCGCCAAGAUGUUGGCUGAAGAAUUCGGAACCGCCUCCAACAUCAAGUCCCGCGUCAACCGUCUCUCCGUCCUCUCGGCCAUUACCUCGACCCAGCAGCGUCUGAAGCUGUACUCCAAGGUCCCGCCCAAUGGCCUCGUCGUCUACUGCGGUGAAAUCAUCACCGCAGAAGGCAAGGAGCGCAAGAUCAACAUCGACUUCGAGCCCUUCAAGCCCAUCAACACGUCGCUAUACCUCUGUGACAACAAGUUCCACACCGAGGCCCUGAGCGAGCUGCUCGAGUCAGACCAGAAGUUUGGCUUCAUCAUCAUGGACGGAAACGGCGCCCUCUUUGGCACUCUGUCUGGAAACACGCGUGAAAUUGUCCACAAGUUCUCGGUCGAUCUGCCCAAGAAGCACGGCCGUGGUGGUCAGUCCGCCCUGCGUUUCGCCCGUCUGCGAGAGGAGAAGCGCCACAACUACGUCCGCAAGGUCGCCGAAUUGGCUGUCCAGAACUUCGUCACCGCCGACAAGGUCAACGUCGCCGGUAUCAUUCUGGCCGGUUCCGCCGAUUUCAAGAACGACCUGAACCAGUCCGACCUCUUCGACAACCGUCUGCAGUCCAAGGUCAUCAAGGUUGUGGAUGUGUCCUACGGAGGCGAGAACGGUUUCAACCAGGCCAUCGAGUUGGCUGGGGAGACGCUCAGCAACGUCAAGUUCAUCCAGGAGAAGAAGCUCAUCAACGAGUACUUUGACCACAUCUCCAAGGACUCUGGCAAGGUCUGCUACGGUAUCGACGACACUUUGAAGGCUUUGGAGGCUGGUGCUGCCGAGACCCUGAUUGUCUUUGAGAAUCUGGAGAUCACCCGCUGGAUUCUGAAGAGCUCCGAAGGCAGCGAGAUCAUCCUGCACACGACCAAGCAGCAAGAGCAGGAUCGCAGUCUUUUCAUGGACAAGGAGACUGGCCAAGAGAUGGAGGUUAUCGACCAGGGCUCCAUGCUCGAAUGGCUUGCCGAGAAGUACCGCGACUUUGGUGCCAAUCUUGAAUUCGUCUCCGACCGUUCCUCCGAGGGUAACCAGUUCGUCAAGGGAUUUGGUGGUAUUGGCGCCAUCCUCCGAUAUGCGCUCAACUUUGAGCAGCUUGCCGACUUCGAUGAUGAUGAAGACGAGUUCUACGAUGAUUGA